UAUAGUCUAUGGUUAUGUCCUUCUGUCAUAACUGUUCUGUUGUCAUUUACAAAAUAUAACCUUAAAAUAAGGAAGCAAAACAAAACAUUUUAUAUUAAAUCAAUAAUUUAUUGAUUUGAAAUGGAUAAACAAAAAACGUUGAUAUGUGGCGAUGUAAAUGGAAACUUUAAAGCUUUGUUUUCACGUGUGGAAUCUAUCGUCAAGAAAUCUGGACAAUUUGAUGUUCUACUAUGUGUGGGAAAUUUUUUUGGAGAUGAUAAUUCAGAGCUGGAUGCGUAUAAAAUGGGAACCCGGAAAGUUCCGGUAACCACAUAUGUUUUUGGGCCAUCCAAACCAGAACAUGUGCCCCUCUACUGUGAAGAAGGAUCUGAAAUAGUGCCAAAUGUGAUCUACAUGGGUAAAAGAGGAAUAUUUACAACUAGUGCUGAUGUUAAAAUUGCAUAUCUGACUGGUUUGUCUCGGAGAGAACUGGGGAAAGAGCUUCCGAUGUGUACAUUUGAACCGAGUGACUGCAGUGCAGUGAGGGAUGCAUGUUUCAGAGGACAGAGUGAAUAUAGGGGGGUGGACAUGUUGAUUACUACCCUUUGGCCUGCUGGGAUACAACAGGAUGAAACACAGAAGAUAGAUGUAGAAAAAGAGAGGUUAUCAGACUUGCUCUCUUGGCUCGCUAUUCAUAUAAAACCUAGGUACCAUUUUGUUCCCUCACCUGAUAAACACUAUGAAAGACAACCUUACAGAAACCUCUCCACUCAUCAAGACUACAGAGAAUGUGCAACAAGGUUCAUAGCGUUGGCUCCAGUCGGUAACAAGGUGAAAGAGAAGUGGAUCUACGCAUGCUCCUUGCAGCCAAUCUCUUCAAUGAGGGUAACAGAUCUGUUGCAAGGAACCACUGAUGAGACAGUUUGUCCGUAUGACCCGGAUCUGUUGAUGCAGCAUCAACCUGGGAAAGUUGUUAAGUUUAGUGGUAAUGGACAGUACUUCUUCAGUUCGGAUGGACCAGAAGAUCAGGAUCAAGGCAAGAGAAAACGGAGAGACAGAGAUGACAACCAAGAGAGGAAGAAGUUUGAUCCAGAAACUUGCUGGUUCUGCCUAUCAUCCCCGUCAGUGGAGAAACAUUUAGUAAUAAGCGUGGGUAGCCAUUGCUACCUAGCUCUAGCGAAGGGUCCAUUGACCCCAUACCAUGUACUUAUCCUGCCUAUUGCACAUCACCAGUCUCUUGUUAAAGUACCAGACGAGAUAUCAGAAGAGAUAAAGAAGUUCAAGGCGGUGUUGAAGCAGUUCUACGCGUCCAUGGGCAUGCUGGUCGUGUUCUUCGAGCGCAACUACCGCACGUCACACAUGCAGAUACAGUCGGUACCGGUGCCCAGGAUCUGUGAGUCGCAGAUAUUGGAAAUAUUCCAGGACGAGGCAGGUAUAAACAAGAUCCCCCUGGAAGUGCUCCCGCCGUACACGGACAUUCGACAGAUGAUGUUCCCCGGCGCGCCGUACUUCCACGCCGAGCUGCCCAAUGGCGACCAGAUAUUCGCCAAACCGAAGCAGAACUUCCCUAUACAUUUCGGCAGAGAUGUAUUAUCAACGCCACAAAUCCUAAACUGCGAGGACAAGGCGGACUGGCGACAGUGUCUCAUCUCCAAAGAGGAAGAAAUCCAAUACGUGAAGGAAUUCAGAGAUAAGUUCCGACCAUUUGACUUCACUGCCGAUGCUGAUAGCGACAGCGAUUAGUUGCAGUAGUUAGAUCAGCAUUAUAAUAAUAUGUUUGGGUAGUUUCCUCAGUCAAAAAUGAAUAAUUUAAACCUUUUUCAUUUAAAAUUAUUCCAAACUUCUCAAUUUAAAUUAAUCUUAAAAAAAAAAGUAAAUAGUAUUUUUUAUGUACUCACGUACAUUAAUCGGGAAAAGCUCUACUAGUUUCGAGUCACAGAAGGACUUUUGAUCACGAGCAGCCUGCGCACACGCGGCGAUGUAGUACAGCCUACUAAAAAUUAUAAUUUUAGAAUGUUUCUUUCUUAUUUUCAUAAGAAAGAAAGAAUUUGACGCAAUAUAUCAUGACGUCAUGAUACAUUAUCUAUUUAAAGUUUAUAGAAACGUUGAAGUUUCAAAUUUGAUUGGUUGGAAACUACCCUAUUUUUUUAUCACAUACAACAGCGAAUGUAUGUAACGAUUUUUUAAAAGAAUUUUGUGUAUAUUGCACUGGUUUUAGUACAAUUGUUAAAUGUACAUAUGAACUUAAAUAAUAGUGAAUUACCUUUAACAGAAUGCGAGCUAACUAGCUAAGCGUAAAUAUUUUUAGAAAAUGUAAACGUCAAUUUGUAGCUCAUUUACUUUUCUGAGAAAAUAAAAAAAGUGAACAAAGA